AGUUACCUGUGUGUUUAUACAGGUACAUUACCCACCAGGAAAUAUAAAUACCAAACAGAAAGUAUGCUUUCCAGCCUGGUGAAUAUCGGGAUGGUGGCCAUGGAUUUCUUGAUCCCACACUGCUGGAGAUUAUAGAAAUAUAAAAGCUUCUAUUGGACAAUGACGACGCCCACCUCCCAUGCACAGGAGGUCAUCACCUGUGACCUUUGUGUCAAGCCUGCCCAGCAGUUCUGUAACAACUGUCAUCUCAGUUUGUGUGUGGACUGUGUUAGUAAACAUGUGGACAAGCUCAAGUACCAACCACAUGACAUCGUUCAUUUCAAAAACAGAAAGGUGGCUUUUCCUGAGAGUGAAUUAUACUCCAACCAGAGAUGUGAGGCCCACUGCCAGCAAUGUGAUGUUCCAGUUUGCCUGAAAUGCAUAUUUGGUCCUCAUAAUGGACACAAAGUUAAGGAUAUGCCAGAAAUUUUCAACGACAAGAAAAAGAAACUUGAAAAGGAAACCAAAGAAAUUGAAUCCACUGUUAUUCCACAGUACAAGAAGAAAAAUGAAGAAACAGAAAGCAAAAUAUCAAUUAUAAUGGACAAAUUUGAUGAACUGGACAAAGAAAAAGAAGAGAACAGAAAAUCCUGGCACCAAGAAGUAGACACCAUUUUCAAUCAGCUCGGUUCUUUGAUCAAGUCCAUAAAAGAGAAUCUCCUCGCUGCUCUAAACUCUCAACAAUCCAAAAUAAAAAGUCAAAUUCCAGACAUGACCCAAACAGUUCAACAAAACAAAGAAAUUAUGAAGUCAAACAAUGUGUCUGCAGUCACUAAUUACAAAUCCAAACUCGAUGAAUACAGAAACAUGCCUAUUGAUAUUGAUGUCAAACUGCCAUCACUCAAAACCAACACAGUCCAAGGGAGAGAACUCAGCCUGGAAUUAGAAGAAUACAAGGCUAGUCUGACACAGACAAAACUGUCCAGUCUGACAGAGGAAAUCUCCUAUUUAUCUUUACAAAAGCUGUUGGACCAAGGCAAAUCAAUUUCAACGAUUCCUUCUGGAGUUACUCCUCUAGGUGCUGUUGCUUGUGUGGGAGUGGAUGAAGCUUGGGUUAGUGGUGCAGAUAAAAUUGUAAGACGUGUUGACAUACAUGGGUCUGUACGGGACACUGUCACCACCACAUGUAAACCCUGGCCUAGUGACAUCAAAGUGACAAGGCAGGGAGAACUGGUAUACUGUGAUGUUAACAAUAGAACUUUGAACAUUGUCAGACAUGGGAGAACAGAGGCACUGAUAACCACACCACAGUGCUGGAAACCAGGCAAACUCUGCUGUACUGAGUCAGGGGAUAUCCUGGUCUGUAUGUACACUACUGAUUAUAGACAACAUAAAAUUGUCCGUUAUCAGGGACACACAGUGGAACAGGAAAUAGAUAGAGAUGAAGAUGGAGAACCAAUCUAUAAAGGAGGAAGAUACCCACUGUAUGUGAUGGAGAACAACAAUGGAGACAUCUGUGCCUCUAAUAGUAAUGCUGACAUUGUGGUCGUGGUGGACAAGUCGGGAAGAGUCAGAUUCCGAUAUGACAGUACACCAGCCAGGAGGAAGAUAUCAUUUAAUCCUAGACAUAUAGUGACAGACUCCAUGAGUCGGAUCAUUGUGACAGAUUGGAACAAUGCCUGUCUACAUAUCCUGGAUCAGAACGGACAGUUCCUGAGAUGUGUGGACAAUUGUGGACUACAUAAUGCUAAUGGACUGAGUGUGGACAAUGAGGGGAGGUUGUGGGUAGGGUUAGCUAUAUCAGGAGAAGUCAAAGUGAUUCAGUACAUGAAAUAAACACACAAUAUCACAUAAUAGUGCUCUUGAUACAUACAUGUUUUAGUGAUAUUUACACAACAUUGUUUUCUAUAUAUUUAUUAUUAGAUAUUUACUCCAAUACCUAGUGUAGUUAUGACCCCCCCCCUCCCUUCAAAGAAGAGGGGCAUAGUGCUUUGCACCUGUCGGUUGGUCUGCAUGUCGGUUGGUCGAUCAAUUGGUAAACCACAUGUUGUCUACUCAAUAUCUUGAGAACCAUUCACUUGAUUGUGAUGAUAUUUCAUAUGUGGGUUGGUUAUGAGUAGAAGAGGACCCCUAUCAAUUUUCAGGUCAAGGGUCAAUCCACUCUGGACAUAGGAAGACACUGUCCACUCAAUAUCUUGAGAACUCUUUGCUUUACAGACAUCAAACUUGGUACACUGGUACAUCCUAAGGAGUAGAUGACCCUGAUUGAUUAUGAGAAGUACAUGUAAUACCAACCACUUUUUUAAGACAAGAAAAUAAUGUAAAAUCAAAUGAUAAUCCCUGUCCAGCACGACAGACAUUAGCCACCCAAGUAACAAUAUUCCCAUUCUGUGGCAUAUUUCACUGAGGCCCCAUUCGAUCAUAACAAAAGAAUCUGGACUAAACCAAGCCAAUGAUCCAAAUCAGAAACGAGAGACGUUUCUCAGAAUAACCCAGUGAAUAUGCAGAAACGCUCAAUUUUAACGCACAGCCAUAGAAUGUGAUACUACUCGUGAUGGCAUUAUUAACUAUAUGUGAGACAGUAAUGUCUGUCCUUAUUCCAGUCAAAUAUAACCAGGACUAUUUCACUGCAAAAAUCCAUGUUGCCAACUUACCAAAGAAAACUGUAAAACAUGUGCGAACAUUCUGGCCAAAUGGGAUCAAAUGCUGUCCAUGGAUAAAUGCGGAUGAGAGACAUCGAAAUCGCAAAAAACAAUUAUAGACAUACCCUUGACAAUGAACAAGUUUAAACAUAUUGUUGUGUAUCACUAUAGUACAUGUUUAUAUGUUACUUACAAUUUUGAAUUAGAAUGUCGGAGGAAAUAUAUCCUCUUGUGUACGUUUGUUUCACGUCUGUCCGACUGCAAUAUUGCCGAGUGACAACUCAGGAGUUACCAGAAUCAUGUUCACAAUUCUUUGGUUGUAAUUAUACCAGUACAGUACAGGUAUAUUAUCUAGCACCCCAGACCACUUACCUGUAAUAGUUAAGGUUGAAGUUUUGGAAAAAAACCCAAACCUUAUUACCAAUGAAAUCUAAAUGGCCUGCGUGGCACGGAAUAUGCAAAAUCUUCAUUAUGCAAUGGAUUGCCAAGUUAGUGAUAUCAUUAAUCCCUCGUUACAGAACCAUCGUUUUGUUAACAUCAGCAUUACAAACGUCAGAGCAAACAACUAUGCUUCAAUAAUGUUUUGCAAAUUCUUUAAUAUACAUUUUGAAAUAUUACGGACACAUUUUUUACCCCUCCUGGCCUGAUAUUGUUUGUUAAACAUCAUUACAAGCAAUCUUGUACGCUUUUGUUCUAAAACAUUUGACAAAAUGGUUUUCAGUUUCAAGAUAAUUUGGAUAUUUAAUUUUACAGGGCCAGCCUGUAAUACUUUAAAAGGAUUCACAGCGUGACUUGAUUAAAGUUAAAAAAAUACCUAUCAGGUUUAAGUGAAUAUAAAACUUCCCAUAUCUACCAUUUCACAAAAAUCGGUCAACCAAUUUCUGAGAAAUUGCUGUCACAAGGAAAAAACUUAAGAAUAAUAAUAAAGUCUUUUGUUGGAAACAGAAGUCUAAGAACUUAAUAAGUAUAUAUUUGUACCUACUGCCCUUAUUAAAGUACACAAAUUGCAGAAAAUAUAACAUUUCAGGAGAAAAUUGUGUGAUGCUUCUAAAUCUGAGUCAAUUCUACACAGGAACAUAUUGACAAAGUACAUCUGCAUCCUCUGUAUCUUCACGUUAAAUUAAUAAAACUAAAUCCUGGAAAAUCUUCCACAACUUUAUUCUUGGAAAAGUCUAGACAAUCAUACCUGUGUUGAAUAAUAAAGACAAUUGAAUGUCGGCUGAUAAACAGUUUUGAAGAUUGUCAGAAUGAACAUUAGCUGUGUAACGCACGAAAACCAAGAUUUCAAGGCCACACAAACACAUGACUAAAUGAAAUUAAUUUGGUAUCAAACACAAUACAAUGUCAAGUAUAUACAGAAAGCAUAUUUUAAAGACAACACAGAUUUUAUUAUGCAGUACAUGUAUAUCAUCAAAAUCAGCAGCUGUUUCAGGACAAACAUAACUGUACACAAUCAGAUCCAAACUCCAGAAAAUGUUGAACUUGCACCUAUUCCUGAAUUUGUCAGAGCAAUUUCAACCCCCA